AUGGCGACACCCACCCAUGCUCACCCGCCGGAGGGGGACGGGAAAGCAGGGGACUCCGGACGUCGGCUGAGGUGCCCGGGGCAGAGGGAGGCAGAGGGAGGAGCCCUCCCAGCCCCCACCCGAGCCCGGGAUCACCCCGAGUGCGCUCCCCGCAACGCCCCACUGCGGGGGCCGCCGACGGAAAUCCCCACGCAGCCGGCCCGCGGAAGUUCUCCGGGGUUACCUCGGCGCCCCAGGGCCGCGCCACCCGCCCUCACCUACCCCGAGCCGAGGCAGCCCGAGGGGCGCGGGCAGGUCGGGCGCCAAGCCCGGAAGCCCGCGAGCCGCGUCGCCGGCCGCUCGGAGCUGGGGCCAGCCCGGGGCAUCCCCGCCGAGCGCAGACGGCCGGGGGAUGGCGACGGUGACGGGCGUCCAGGUCGCUCGGGUCCCGGCCGCGCGGGUCGGGUGCGGCGCUGUCCCCGGCCCGUCCCGGGACCCGCGAGGCCUGGACCCCCGGGGGACCCCCGCGCCCGCGCCCCGCGCCCGCGCCCCCGCCCGCGCCCCGGGCAGCCCGGACGCCCCACUCCGGCCCUCCGCGCCCCGGGAGGCUCCACGGGGUCCGUGGCCUCCCCAUCACCCGCGCCGCCGCCUCGGCGUCCCCUCGCGGCCCGCGGCCGCACCUGUGCCCGCCGCCGUCGCCGCCGCUCGCCCGCCGCCUUCGCUGUGCCGGCGCCGCUCCGAACCCCACACACAUCGCUACACACAGCCUCUGACGUCACCCGGCCCUCGGCCCGCCCACGUCACUGCGGAGACACGGCUUCCCGCAGACGCCGCCGCCGUCUCCGGCCGCCCGGGGGACAGCGAGGGCGGCGGGCGGGGGAGGGGAGGGGAGGGAACGGAGCCAGCGGCGCCGCGCGGCCCCGCGCCAGCCAGCCCCUCGGGCGCGCGCGCCGUCUGGCCUAUUGUGGCUCCCCGCGGGCCGCGCGCUCCCGCCCCUCCGGCCCCACCGGGGGCGCGCGCCCCCGCCGCGCACGCGCGUGCGCCCGUCUCCCUGCGCCCGCGCCCCCGCCCCCACCCCGCGCGCGCGCCCCGCGCGGCUGGCCCGGCGCGCCGUCUGGGCGGCUGGCGCACGGCGCUGUCUGCGGUGCCCGGCGCAGACAGGAUGUUCCCUCGGCCCCACCCCCGCCGCCCUCCUUCCUUCCCCGAGUCGCCCAGCCGGCUGUCUGGGGCCGCCCCCGCCACGCCCGCCGCCGCGUGGAGACGGGCCAGACCCGGGGGCGCCCUGGCCGCUGGGGCCGCCGCGCGGCCGGGGGGGGCGGGGCGCGGCGGGCUGCACUGUGCGCGACCCCGGCAGCUGGCCGCGCCCGAGCUGGCCGCCCGGCCCCGCCCCGGAGGUGGCCGCGGGCUGCUCCCCGCCGCGCCCCCCGGGGUGAGCCCGCCGCGCAGACGCCCCCGCCCGGAGGCGGCGACCCCGCGCCGCCCCUCCUCCCCCGCCGGCGGCCGGCUGGCGCGCAGACGUCGCGGGGCCCCUGGCCCCCGCGGGGCCUCCCGCCGCGGCCGCCCUGCCAGCUGCCGGCGCUGAGCCCCGCCUGGCGGCGCUGGGGUGGCCUCAGCCGGCCGCCAUCGUCGGGGAGCGGCCCCCCUGCCCGCGCCCUCCUAAGUGACCCGUCCUAA